UCAGAAGUGAUAGUAACGUACCGGCGUGGCUUGCCGGUGAUCACGGUCCCGUUGCCGUCGCGUCGCGAGCGAUGCCGCUUCACGCUGCGGCCCGUGUCGCAGACCGUCGGCGACUUGUUAGAACAGGUCAAGGCUGAGGACCGCGGCGUGGAGCGCGCAGCCGCGUUGGCAGCCGACGAGCGCGUGCGCAUCGCCGCCAGCGACACCAUCGAGGCGCUGCUCGAGAGCGACUUCCGGCUCAUCAUCAACGACACAGAGUAUUACGUCAAGAGCCCUCCGCAGGAGCGACUCAGCAAUGAGGAGGUGACACGCCUGAGUGACGUACGGAACCUCGUGAACCAGUUGUACGAGGCGCUUAAUGUCCGCGAGCAUCAGAUCCGAAAGGAGAGGGACCUGCGCUCCCAGCUCGAGAAACUUAACUCGGAGCUGCAGCCGCUUGAAGAGAAACGCAUGAGCCUAGAAGUGGAGACCACGCGUAAGACCUCAGCGCUCACCUGGGUCGGCCUCGGUCUGAUGGGUGUGCAGUUCGGGGUCCUCGCUCGCCUGACCUGGUGGGAGUACUCCUGGGACAUCAUGGAGCCCGUGACUUACUUCGUCACUUAUGGCACCGCUAUGGCUGCGUACGCUUACUUUGUGCUGACCAAGCAGGAAUACGUCCUGCCCGAUGUGAAGGAUAGGCAACACCUGCUGACCCUGCACAAGAAGGCGAAAAAAAUAGGCCUCGACAUCAACCACUACAAUCAUCUAAAAGAUGAGAUAGACAAAUUAGAAAAAGAUCUCGGUCGCCUCCGUGAUCCCCUUCACAUCCACCUUCCGGCGUCCUACGUGGAGAAGUCUGGAGACGACAAGCGAUCGCCCUUGACCAAGAUAAAGGACAUGCUCGAGGAAACCAGCAAGAAGAUGAAAAUCACGUAAUAUUGGCUGAACCUCUCGCGUCGGGGCCCCCGCCCCUAGAUGCGGCCCUGUUGAAGUUAGGCCACCGCUCAUGUGACGCCUUAGAGCUUAGAGCUGGGAGACUUAGCUUUUACUGUGUCCCGAGAUUCAAAUAUAGCAAGUUUUUUUAUUAUACCUAUUUCUGGCAGUUAAAAUGUUAAGUUUUCUAACAACGCCUGAUAAGUCAGCUUCGCUGUCCGGUAAUUAUUCAAUAUAGCGAUUAAUAAAGUUUGGUAAAAUACAAAUGCAAAUGAAAAGCUUCGAGAACUUAAAAAAAUAUUACCCAAAACGAGUUUUAAAAACUUUCUGUACAUAUGUAAUCUUUGAAAAAUUAUCUUGCCAUUUUCUUCUGUUUAAGACCUAGACCGAAAAUAUGAAUAUUGAUAAAUAUGUAGAUAUUAAUGAGAACCAUUAUUGAAACUUGCCAUGGCACUUGGUAUCGAUGACUAGCGUUAAUAGAUCGUCAUAGGUCUUUUCUAGAUGGAGAAAGAUGCAAUUUUUAAUAUAAUAUAGUGAAAGAAAUUGUAAGAAUUUUUAGUUGCCACUAAAAGAAAUUUGGAGGCAAAAGACAAAUCCAGACCAUUGCAAUGGACGCACGUGGAUGUAACUUAUUACCAAGUAAGCUUUUGAAAAAUGUAAAUUAGUAAAAUAAUAUGAAGUCUCUAAGGCGUACCAUGAGCUGAUUUAGGCUUUUUUGAACGACAAUCGCACCGUUCGAUAUUUUUCAGCCACCGUUUCGGAUCUUAGUUGUUUACAAAAUAAUAUAUUAAAAGGUUUAGAUUAUUUUACGUAAAUUGGCGGAGACAGUCUCUCGGUAGGUACGAGUGUUUCGCGUAACACAAAAUAAGUACCUAUCUUAGGAAAUUGCUUUUAGUAAAUUUUACAAUAAAAAAGAUUUAAGUUACGUAGUUUUUACAAUAUGCUCACAAUCGUUUCCUAUUUUAGUUGUAAUUCUAACAAUAUUAUAAUUUCUUUUUUUGUGUUUGAAAAUUUUGGAUUUCUUGGAAAACUGUGCCAACGAAUUUGUGAAUAAAGUAAUAUAAUGUUUGUUCAGGAACCACAAAGUUUAUUUUAAAGUUUGGGAUAUUUUUUUCAUGUCUCAGUACUAACCUUUAUGUAGUUUGUAAAUGAAAUCUAGUCUUGUCUUAUGUUCUAAGUUCAACUGAACAUAGUAAAAUAUUUACCUAAAACUCUUUAUAAGAAUACCUUGCUUGAUAUUAAUGCUUGUCUCAUAAACGCCGAUAAAUUUAAUAAAAUAAAUAAAAAUAAGAAUAUGUAUUAAAAGGUUGAGUUUUUGGGAUGACAUUUGAAUUUUUACAUUGCGAAAAAUGCUUCUACGAACCUGAUGCUCAAUUUCUCUCAAAUUCUCCGUACAUUUUUACCUUAGGUUUACAAAUAAACAAAUUAAUUUGUACCUUACCUACAUACACAUAUUAUUAUGAGUCAUCUCUUGGGUAGGUAUCUUAGAAGGAUUCCGUUCUAUUAAACUUUUUUUAUGUAUUCAAUUUCCCAUAUAAAAAACUCAACCAAAAUAAAAUGUUGACCAACUGCCGCAUCGUACAGCAUCAAAUGCAUAAUAGAGUUAUAAUUUGUAUAGCAGUAAGACACAUGAACUGAAAAGUUGAAACAUGCUUGGGAAAAUCAUUUGUAAUUUUAUUGCCAGCUUGAUUUAUUAAAAACUACCUAUUAGGUAUUUAAUUGCUACGGGGCCUACGCGGGGCGUACAUGAAUAUUAGUAUGAGACUAAACGACCCGCACACGUACCGGUCACAAACGCAACGGCUAUUAAUAAAAGAUAUUUUUUAUUAUGUUAAUCUUCUGUUAAAUCCGAAAUAUAACUUUUUAGUAACGAGUAGUGAUUAACGAAGUUAAUUGGAUUUCAUUAAAUUCUCAGUUAUGUUUGGGAGUCAUACAAUGUACGCCCCACAAACGCCCCGCACAUGUCACGUGAUCUAUAAGCCGUUUUUGAAAAACACGGGUACAAGAAUCUCUGUAUUAGUUAAAAUUCAUAGCUUAAGAAUUUUCUCGAUGCUGGAAAAACAAUGUAAUCGGAUUCUACGCAAAUAUUGCACAAAAUAUUUUUAAGAACGUAAGGUGCUUUUAAAAUCAGCUGGUAAUAUUAUUUUAAAACUGCGUUUAGUGUUUUGCUUCAUUUAUUUAUGUCCUUGCGUAGUUAGUUUUAUGCAUUUCGAUUUUUUUUUCAAUUAAAUAUUUAUUGAUA